AUGCGCCCGUCUCUACGGCUUCUCGCCUCACCAGCCGCCACCGCCACCCCUCGACCUCGAACGAAGAAACCCCCACCGCUCUCUUUCGACCACUUUAUCCAGCGUCAACGUGUUCUUGGGCUAUGGCGCACGAUCCUUCGCAAGCUAUACAAAAUACCACAGGACCGACGCGCGGAGCCGGUGUCGUAUGCCCGCGGUGAAUUCGAGCGCAACAAACAUGUCAAAGACAUUUCGCAGAUUCGGUACCUGAUCUCGACGGGUAAGGCCGAGUUUGACGGAAUGCAACGGUACAUCGAUGAGCUGGCCUCGAGGAGAUGA